AUGGAAGCUCAACACCUUCGUGGUCAAGCUGAAGGACAAUGGUCCACAGGCUUCUGUGAUUGCUUCUCUGACUGCAAAAACUGUUGUAUCACAUGUUGGUGUCCAUGUAUUACAUUUGGUCAAGUAGCUGAGAUCGUAGAUCAAGGAACCACCACGUGUGGUACGGCUGGAGCACUAUACGCAUUGAUAAGUGCAGUAACGGCUUGUGGAUGUAUCUACUCGUGUUUCUAUCGUGGAAAGAUGAGAGCUCAAUACAAUCUUGAAGGUAGUGAUUGUGGAGAUUGCCUUAAACAUUUCUUCUGCGAGUUAUGUGCUCUGACCCAACAAUACCGUGAGCUCAAGUACCGUGGCUAUGAUAUGACUCUUGGAUGGGCCGCGAACGUACAGAAGCAACAGAACCAAGGUGUGGCGAUGGGUGCUCCAGUCUACCAAGGCGGCAUGAGCCGCUAA